GCUCGUGUGACUUUGUUACCGCAUUAACCAUCCCCAACACUCAGCUAUGGCAGGGUCUGAUGUGUUGAAAACUCUGCUUUAUACAAUAAACACUUUACUCCAGCAGGAAAAAUACAAAGCCGUCCUUGCUGUGCUUAAAGGAUUCAGGAAUGGCGCCGUGUACGGUGCUAAGAUCCGCGCUCCACAUGCACUGGUGAUGACGUUUCUUUUCAGAAGUGGCAGCCUCCAGUCCAAGCUGAAAGCUAUAGCCCAGGCCACAUAUACACACUCAAGGAACCUAGCCUACUUCGUAUUUUCAUAUAAAGGAUUGUUGGCACUUCAGAAGUGCAUUCAGGGAAAGAGUCUUCAGUCUCACUCAUUCUUGGCUGCUUGUCUUGGAGGUUGGCUGGUAUUCGGGGACAAUAACAAUAUAAACAGCCAGAUAAACAUGUACUUGCUAUCUAGAAUUCUGUUUGCCUUAUGUCGCCUGUCUGUGGAAAAGGGCUACAUCCCGAAGCCCAAAAGAGACCCUUUCCCACUGUUUGCCACGUUGGUGUGGGGCAUCGUACUCUGGCUAUUUGAGUACCAUCCUCACACACUGCAGCCGUCACUCCAAUCCUCCAUGACCUACCUCUACCACGACAGCAACACAUGGCACGACCUCUCUGAUUUUCUUAUAUACAACAAACCACGGAUUUAAGCUUGUUGAAUAUAGUUCUCUGGUAAACUACAACUAGUAAUGGUCAGAAAACUGUAAACAGUGACUAUUCAAAUUUUUAGUGAAUAUAUGAUAACCUUUGAUUUUGUACUUUUUGCACAUUUGUAAGUUGGUGUUUAAAAAGAGAUUAUUUCAUUAUUGGGGAAAAGUGAAUAACAAAAUGCAAUUUGAACACUUGACUGUUAAUUUUCAUUAUUAACUGAAUGAGUUUUAAAUCAAUCAAUCUGUAGCUAGUGACCAUUUUACUGCUCUUUGGUGUAGGGGAAUGUUGAAGGUCCUGUUUGAACUUUGCAGCAGUGACUGCAAACAAACCUAUCGGUCAGGCCAUCACACCGUUGAAUUAGUCAUGCAUCUUUGUUUUUAGUUUAGGACUUUUAUGGGUGUCAAAAUAUUAACUGAGGUCAGUCCCCACUGUAGCAGCUCAGCAAAGUUUAAUAAUUUAUGGUGAAAAAUACUCAGACAUUUUCAUUUUUUUCUAAAAAGGUACUGAUAUGCAGCAAAUUAUGACAUUUAAAAUGCAACCAAUAAAGAUUAGUUAAUUACUUUUAAUAAGAUGGAUCAAUUUUAAAUGGUUGUAUUGACCACAUUUGAGUAGCACCAAGGUUGAGGAUACGAGGCUUCUAUUUUGAACUUGAAGUAGAGAACAUAUUUCUCAUAUACAUAUAUUACAUCCAGUUGUCUUUUAAUGUUCUGUUUUUGUUAUCUUUGUUUUUUUGUUUUGUUUUGCAUUUUUUUUCAACAAACUGUCCUAACUCACUAAUCAAGACAGAGAGAUGACUUAAAUAAUAAAAAAUGUGAAUGCUUUCCUUUUA